UGACAGAGAGACAGUGAUCCUGUCUCACACCAGUUUCACACCACUGGAGCUGUUCUAUGUUGCACCCAUGUCCCUGACAACGAAAUCUGGCAGGGGAACCCAAAGACAUGAAAGCAAACCCCGGGCUUGAACUCCGCUCUCAUGAAACGGGUGGCAGUCAGCAGUUGCCCCCACUGAAAUCAGGGCAGGGGAGAAGUUACACGGGAAUGAAAUCAAAACCUGUCCCUCGUGUGAGUGACCUGAUCUCCGGACAUCGGACUGCGCGUCUGAAGAGCCCCGCCUAGGCUGGAGGAAGGCCCCUUCCCCUUUAAAUGCAAAUUGUUGCGUGGGCCCGGCUGCUGUUGACACGGAGUCUUGCAGGGCGCUCUGCCGCCGGGAGCAAAACGGGGUCAGGUCGCUGUAGCCUUAGCACGGGGGGUGCCUCUCAGUGCCCAGAGGUUCCCUGCUGCAGUGUGUUACUGAGCCUGCGACUGGCCCCUGCCCGGGGAUCGAGUUCUCAAGAUGGAAGACAAGAAGAAGAAGAGGAGUCCGAAGCCUGGCUUAGCUCAGCCUGUGUCAUCCAGCGCUCUGCGCAAGCUGCCCGUCCCCACCAGCAAAAGCACCACCUUCUCUCUGGGGCUGCCUCACCUGCCCUCACCAAAGCAACGGGCCAAAUUCAAAAGGGUGAACAAGGAGAAAUCUCGUCUGCCUCAGCCUGGGGGCAGUGGGGGCCCAGCUCUGGGGGCCCCUCUGCAGCACUCCUUCCUGACCGACGUCUCGGACGUUUAUGAGAUGGAGGGUGGGCUGCUCAACCUGCUCAACGACUUCCACUCGGGCAAACUGCAGGCCUUUGGGAAGGAGUGCUCCUUCGAGCAGCUGGAGCACGUCCGGGAAAUGCAGGAGAAGCUGGCGCGCCUGCACUUCAGCCUGGAUGUCUACGUGGAGGAGCUCGCUGAGGACCAGAAGAAGACGGUGGCGGAUAGUAACCUAGAUCAGCUGCUGACUAAUUUGGAAGAGCUCAGCAACUCCAUCCAAAAGCUGCAUCUAGCGGAGAAUCCAGACCUGGAGGACGCUGCCACUGCCUAGCUGAAAAGGCUGCCUGGACCCUCCAUAGGCAGAGGGCAGCAUUGAGGAUUCUGGAGCCAAGGGAAAGCUGCACCAGUUUGAAUCUCUGUCAUGGCCACCUCUGAACUGUACAGAAAUGUAGGAGUAGAAAAGGAAGGACACCCCUAAGAGAU